GGGCUGCCCCUUUAUUUACAGCUUCUCCUCCUAGCGUUUCCUCCGAGCUCUCCCACCAUUGCUUUUCUGCAGUUGUGACCCCCAACCUUCUCAGCGGACUCGGCGCCAUUAUUCCAUCCCACAGUUUCCAACCAGCCCUCGUCCUUCCUGCAGGCAGCCGGCCUCUUUCUGGUGCGCCGCCCGGCCGUGCUCCCACUCCUCCGGCGACAUGUCGAAGAAAAUCGUGGUGAAGAUAGACCUGCACGACAACAAGGACAAGCAGAAGGCCAUGAAGGCCGUCUCGACGCUCAGCGGGAUCGACUCGAUAUCCGUGGACAUGGCGUCGCACAAGAUGACGGUGAUCGGGAUGGUGGACCCGGUGAACGUGGUGAGCAAGCUGCGCAAGGCCUCGUGGGCGGCGAGCAUCGACUCCGUCGGCCCGGCCAAGGAGCCGGAGAAGAAGGAGGAGGAGAAGAAGAAAGACGGUGACGACAAGAAGGACGGCGACGACAAGAAGGACGGCGACGCUAAGAAGGACGGCGACGAGAAGGACGGCAAGAAGGCGGCUGCGCCGACGGAGCAGCAGAUCCUCGCCGAGCUGAUGAACCAGUACCGGGCCUACUACCCGCCAAUGAACACCCACUACUACGUGCAGAGCAUGGAGGAGAACCCCAACUCCUGCGCCAUCUGCUAAACGAGAAGCUGCACGAGCUGAGGUAAUCAGGCACGGUUAAUUACUAUAUGUGCAUGUACAUGUCCGCGUAAGAAGUACGAGACCGAUGAUACCAUGCAUGCUUCUGCGACGUGUAAAAAAAAUAGUGCCUGGUCAUGGUCUCAUGGUGGACACGCAGCGUGUCUCCGCAUAGAGAAAAACGUAUGACGGUAUGUGUAAGUGAAACUUUGCUUUCUGAGAUAACUAGAGAUGUAAUGAUAUGCAGCUACAAUUUUAGAUUUUUAAAAGAGUGUUUUUGAUUCA